AUGUCAAUUUUUAGAAAGAGUGAGAAAAUACUAGAAAUUAUAGAUAAAAGUCAUAAAACAAUAUGCAAGGAAAUAGUUUGUGUGUACUUCACAAACACAUUCUUCUAUUUUGGCAGAAAGAAUAGGUAAUCCCUGGAUGAUGUAAAAAGAAAGGAAGGUUUAAGGACAUUGGUGCCUUUGUAAGUCCAGGAAUUGGAGGACGACACCAAAGUAAGGGUGUGGUUGUUCCAUAUGCACGUAGUAACUCUGAGCUAUAUAAAAUGGAACACAAAAACCAGAAACAGUACACACUCUUCUCAUCUUAGCUUCUACGACUCCUCUUUCAACUUCAACAUGCAAGUCAUCGCCGUCCUCUUGGUUUGCUUGGCUGCCGCCAACGCUUUCUACGUUCCAGCCACCACAUUCGUCCGUGCUCCGGCUCAUGACAGCGCCAUCAUCAAGUCCGACCGUCUUGGUGGAAACUUCGCUUAUUCCACUGUUGAGGGCCACGCCUACGCCGCCGUCACCCCCGUCGUCCAACGCGUCCUGACCCCGGUCGGAGUCUCCCACCACGCCGUUGCCACCCCUUACUUCGGUUACCCAGCAUACGGUUAUGCCGGCUACCCUUACGGUUCAUUCGUCGCUCCCGCUGCCGUUGAUGCCAAAGCUGGCGAGUCCGUUUUGGUUGCAUAAACAAGAUAUUCCAAGAUGUACCCAGACUUUUUGUGUUGACUGAGAUGUUCUUAAUACACGCAAUUUUUU